CGCGGAGCGGCGCCGGCUGCCAGCGCUCGCGGCGCCGCCGGUGCGGAGGAAGGCGCGCGCCCCGGCCCCCGCCGCGCCCCCGGGGCUCCGCGGCGGCAAAUGGUGGGGCCGGACGAUGCCGGAGCUCCGGGCGGCGCAGCCGUGCUUCCCGCGGGCCGGCAGGAGGCGGCGGAGGAGGAGGCGGCGGAGGAGGAGGAGGACGGGGAGCGGGAUGGGAGCCGGGGCUCGAGCCGGCGGAGCGGCGGGCCGGGGCAGGAGCGGCUGCUGCAGCGGUACCUGGCGGCGCUCGGCCCCGCCGCGGCGGCCAGUGGGAAGCGCUGCCCGGAGAAGCCCGCGAACGGAGCCGCCUGCGCCGUGGGCCCCUGCGGGAGGAUGACCAACGGGGACGUCGGCUUCCUGCUGCCGCCGCAGGAACCGCCGCCACCCCCUCGGGCAAGACGGGAUGAGCCGGGGCCGGAGGAGGAGGAAGCGAAACUGCAGAACGGGGGCUUCCUUCCCUGCCCGGCGGGAGGCGUCCCCUUGGGAACCGCCUUGGAAGAGCCGCUGAGGAGCUGCCGGCUGCGGAGCGAGGCGGAGCGGCGCGGGGGGGCGGCGGCCGAGAGUCCCUCGCCGCCCCGCAGCCCGGGGGGCGACGCCGGCAGCCGGGCGCUCGCCGCCCCCUGCGCGCGGAGCUGCCGGGACCGGGCGGAGCCCGCUGCCCUGCCCCCGGCGCCCCUCGGCUUCACGGACGUGAACCUCAACUCCCGCAACACGUACGAGGUGAGCCGCCGCCGCAGCGCCCCGGAGCACCUGCCCCACGGAGGGACCGCGCCCGCCGAGCCGGCCCCGCCGCAGGAGCCCGCGGAGAGGGCCCGGCACCGGGUGGGCAUCGCCGGCGCCGGCAGCAGCUUCGCUGAGUUCUUCACCAGAAACUUCUUCACUAAAAGGACAAAGGAACUCAAACCUGCUGUCCAAAGCGCUCCUGGUUGGAAGUUGUUUGGAAAAGUCCCACCCAGGGAAAACCUUCCAAAAGAUUCCAAAAUUAUUCAGCAGGAUGACAGUUCUGGCAGUCUUGCGUCAAUAUCUGCUCUCAGUCUAUUAAACACAGGGGAAUAUGAAGCACGAACAGGAAGAAUGUACAAACCUCCACCCCCAUCAGCAAGACGUAAAAAUAUUGAGUUUGAACCACUUUCAACUACUGCUUUGAUUCUGGAGGAUCGACCAGCAAAUCUUCCUGCCAAAUCAGUGGAGGAGGCUUUACGUCAUCGACAGGAGUACGACGAGAUGGUGGCAGAAGCAAAAAAACGAGAAAUUAAAGAAGCACAUAAAAGGAAAAAAAUAAUGAGAGAGCGUUUCAAGCAAGAAGAGAAUAUCGCUAGUGCUAUGGUGAUUUGGGUCAAUGAAAUACUACCUAACUGGGAAGGCAUGCGUGCUACCCGAAGAGUUCGAGAGCUGUGGUGGCAGGGAUUGCCCCCAAGUGUACGUGGGAAGGUUUGGAGUCUAGCUGUGGGAAAUGAAUUAAACAUCACUCCUGAACUUUAUGAAAUUUUCUUGUCAAGAGCUAAGGAACGAUGGAAAAGCUUCAGUGAGACAAGUACUGAGAAUGAAAUAGAAGAUGCAGGUGCAUCUGUUGCUGAUCGUGAGGCCAGUCUGGAGCUAAUUAAGUUGGAUAUAUCACGCACAUUUCCAUCCCUGUAUAUUUUCCAGAAGGGUGGUCCUUAUCAUGAUCUCCUGCAUAGUGUUUUGGGAGCAUAUACAUGUUACAGACCAGACGUGGGAUAUGUACAAGGGAUGUCCUUCAUUGCUGCUGUGCUCAUUCUCAAUCUGGAAGAGGCAGAUGCUUUCAUUGCCUUUGCUAACCUUCUAAACAAGCCAUGCCAGCUGGCCUUUUUCCGUGUGGAUCACAGCAUGAUGCUGAAAUACUUUGCAGCCUUUGAAGUAUUUUUUGAAGAAAAUCUUCCUAAAUUGUUUCUUCAUUUCAAAUCAUACAGUCUUACUCCAGACAUAUAUUUGAUAGACUGGAUUUUUACACUCUACAGCAAGUCAUUGCCACUUGAUCUGGCCUGUCGUGUCUGGGAUGUUUUCUGUAGAGAUGGAGAAGAAUUCUUGUUUAGGACAGGAUUAGGAAUCCUUCGGUUAUAUGAAGAUAUUCUCCUACAGAUGGACUUUAUUCAUAUAGCACAGUUUCUAACAAAACUUCCAGAAGAUAUUACAUCAGAAAAGCUUUUUAGUUGUAUUGCAGCUAUUCAGAUGCAGAAUAGUAACAAAAAAUGGGCACAGGUGUUUGCCUCACUGAUGAAGGACAACAAAGAAGGGGACAAGAACCAUAGCCCGGCGCCGAAAAGCUAAUGUUGAGUGAGGUCCAUUGGAAACGUGGAAAACCACUUGAUGACAGAGAAGUCUUCACAUCACUUCUGUGUAGAAAAAGCACUAUAGAAAAUGUGAAAAUGAAAUGGAGAAAAGACACAGCUCUCAGUGGAGUAAUGAACUGAUGAAAUCUUCACCCUUUUGCCAGUAUUAGUUUUUGCCAUGGGAAGAUCUGAUUUCACACAGGAUACUAAAACCUAUGAAACUGAGAAGCGGGGAGUUCAUAUUUAAUACUUUAAAAGAAUCAGCUCAAUGCAAUAAACAUUUGUAAUAACUUC